AUGUCGGCAUCCAACUCUGCGGUCUGGCUUCUAGAAGCGGGCGGAGACUUCGUUGUCAAAGAGGCCCCAUUGCAUACCCCCGGUCCUGAUGAAGUUCUCAUCAAGAACAAAGCUGUCGCGGUCAAUCCCAUGGAAUGGAAGAUCCAGGUCUAUGGACCGGACCUUCCUUUUCCCAAGCAAUACCCUUUCAUCCUCGGCGGCGACAUAGCCGGAGAAAUCUACGAAGUGGGCCAAGAUGUAACCACCUUCAAAAAGGGAGACCGAGUAAUGGGGGUAGCCAACUGGUUCCUUACCAAUGAAAUCAGGAACUCUGGGUUCCAAAAUUAUACGAUCUCCCUAUCAACGGCAGCAAUGGGCCUCUACCCAGCUGGCCGGCUUGAGCUCCCCUUACCCCAUACCCUUCAGCCAAAACCCAUCAACAAGGUUAUCCUCGUCUGGGGCGGCUCAUCGAGCACCGGAAGCGCAACAAUCCAACUGGCAGUAGCAUCGGGGGCAACUGUUAUCGCCACCGCGUCUGCAAAGAACCAUUCCUUCGUGCAGAGUCUCGGUGCCGCUAAGGUGCUGGAUUACCACCAGGAUAGCAUCAUCCAAGACCUAGUCAAGGCUAUUCAGGACACCCCAGGGGAAUUUGUGGGUGCCCUGGAUGCUAUUGCGGAGGAGGGGACAGUAAGGAGCUGUGCAGAUGUGGUGAAGGGACUUGGUGGUGGACGUGUGGUUACGAACUUGCCUAUGCCGGUUCAGGAUAUACCUGAUACAGUGGAGGUUGUUGGUGUUGUUGAUGUCGCGAAUAUCUCUGAUUUUAAGGAGAUCUCGGAGGGUAUCUGGGGUAAGUUUGUCCCUGAGGCAUUGAGGAAUGGGACAUUGAAACCGGUUCCUGAGCCCUUAGUGGUUGGAGAGGGCUUGGGGAAGGUCCCUGAGGGUGUCUCUUUAUCUCGGCAGGGCAUCUCAGCGAAGAAGAUCGUUGUGACCUUGUAA